AUUAAUUAAAGAAAAUGGUUCAAUCGCUGAAAAACCAUUAAUGAAAUAUUUUCAACAAUAUCAAAUUUUAUUUCAUGCAGAUUUUCAAUUAUUACUUAUUCGUUAUGAUAUGAUAGCAUUAGAAGAUCUUAUGGUUUUAUUAAUUGUUAGUAAAUUAGCUAAACCUAAUGAAAUUAAAUCUUAUGCCAAAACAACAUUCUGUCUUAAUGUAAAUAAAUUUAUGGAAAUUUCUAAAUCACAAGAAAAUGUUUUGGUAAAAAAACAUCAUGUACAAAAUAAUUUAGAAAAAAAUUUAUGUAUAACAGCAACUGAUCUUUCUCAAUUACUUAAUCAUGUUCUUAAACUUGAUCGUCUCAAACGUAUCAUUGAUAUGAUGACAAUAAUGAAAAACUAUAUACAUUUUCAUCCAAUAAAUACAUUCAAUGGACUCAAAACAUUAAAAUUAGAAUGUAAAUAUAAUAAAUAG